AUGGUUGAUCCACUGCAGGGAAGACAAAGGGGAGAGGGUAUAAGGGGGCAUUUUAUGUGAUUGUUUCUAUAUGUACAGCUACACCAUAGGUGGCUUAUCUCCCUGUAUUCUGAUUAGUCUCUCUUUUUUGUAGUCCAAAUGUCACGAUCGUCGGGAACAGAGGACCAAGGCGCAGCGUGGAAGGUGAACAUAUCUUUAUUAUUUGAGUAAUACCACGAACAAAACAAUAAACGAUAAUGUGACGUCCUCGGUUCAGACACAAACCUAAACAGGAACAAGAUCCCACAAACACUGUGGGAAAACUGGCUGCCUAAGUAUGGUUCCCAAUCAGAGACAACAAGCAACAGCUGAUACACGUUGCCUCUGAUUGAGAACCACACUGGCCAACAUAGAAAUACUAACCUAGAACGAAAAACAAAUGAAAACUCACACCCUGGCUCAACAUACUAGAGUCCCCAGAGCCAGGCCGUGACAGUACCCCCCCCCCAAAGGCGCAGAAUCCGACCGCGCCAACCAAACACCACAGGGGAGGGACCGGGUGGGCACUCCGCCUUGGCGGCGGAUCCGGCUCCGGGCAUGAUUCCCACUCCCUCUCCAACCCCCCAAAGUACCCCUUGUCCAGUCUGGCCCUGCUGUCCGGAGCUGGACUGAACACCGGUGGAGCGGAUUGCUCUAGCUCUGGCAUGGAGCAGCUGACCGGUGCCGGACCAGGCACCGGUGGAACAGGCACGGGCUGUGCCGGACUGACGACGCACACCACUGGCUUGGUGUGGGGAGCUGGAACAGGCCGGACCGGGCUGGUGACGCGCACCACCGACUUGGUGCGGGGAGCAGGAACGGGCCGGACCGGGCUGAUGACGCGCACCACCGGCUUGGUGCGGGGAGCUGGAACAGGCCGGACCGGGCUGGCGACGCGCACCACCGACUUGGUGCGGGGAGCAGGAACGGGCCGGACCGGGCUGACGACACGCACCACCGGCUUGGUGCGGGGAGCAGGAACGGGCCGGGCCGGGCUGACGACGUGCACCACUGGCUUGGUGCGGGGAGCAGGAAUGGGCCGAACCGGCCUGACGAAACGCACCCCUGACUUGGUGCGGGGAGCAGGAGCGGGCCGGACCGGGCUGACGAAGCGCACCACUGACUUGGUGCGGGGAGCAGGAGUGGACCGGACUGGGCUGGCGAAGCGCACCACUGGCUUGGUGCGGGGAGCAGGAAUGGGCCGGACUGGGCUGGCGACGCGCACCACAGGCUUGGUGCGGGGAGCAGGAACAGGCCGGACAGUGCUGGCGACGCGCAUCACAGGCUUGGUGCGGGCAGCAGGAACAGGCCGGGCCGAGCUGGCGACGCGCACCGUAGGCUUGGUGCGAGUGGCAGGAACAGGCCGGACCGUACUGGGAACACACACCACUGGCCCUACGCGGGGAUCAGGAACAGGCCGGACCGGACUGGCAACACACCCCAGUACCUCGCGCCGUGCCUCUACAUCCUCUUUCCCCCUGGUGACCAGUGACUCCCGUAACCUGGCGGCCUCCUGCUGCCCCGUCGUCCACGGCGUGAGCCCCCCCUUAAAAAAUUUCUGGCCGUCUCUCCUACCCGUGGACCAGGUCUCCAUGUCUCUCGCCAGACUUUCGCCCUUCUGCUUCCAAGUCCAGCCUCUCUCUUCCUCACACGGCUUGACCCAGUCGAGGAGGCGAAGGAGAUCCGCUAGAGAUCUCCCUGGCGAUGGCUCCUGGACAUGCUGCUUGGUCCAGUCUUGGUGGGAUCUUCUGUCACGAUCGUCGGGAACAGAGGACCAAGGCGCAGCGUGGAAGGUGAACAUAUCUUUAUUAUUUGAGUAAUACCACGAACAAAACGAUAACAUGACGUCCUCGGUUCAGACACAAACCUAAACAGGAACAAGAUCCCACAAACACUGUGGGAAAACUGGCUGCCUAAGUAUGGGUCCCAAUCAGAGACAACAAGCAACAGCUGAUACACGUUGCCUCUGAUUGAGAACCACACUGGCCAACAUAGAAAUACUAACCUAGAACGAAAAACUAAUGAAAACUCACACCCUGGCUCAACAUACUAGAGUCCCCAGAGCCAGGGCGUGACACCAAAAUAGGUUUGGACUGCCCUCUGCAGCACAAAUACAAAUUUCUGAUGAUUCCCAAACUGAAGUGGAGGAGGAUGUCCUGCUGGACCUGAUUGAGGCCAUUCCAAACCUGUGCCUCACAAUCAAAUAUCUUGAUGAAAGUAUCUUUCUACAGUCUCACAUAAUGAUAUCAAAUAACAUGAAUGCAUAGAUUGAUUCCUUUGAUCCAUUGUUUGUGCUCAGACUUUUCUCCUGCAGGCUGUUCGACACCUAGUCCAUACACAGACACAUUAUCCCUCUCGUCAAGUGAUUUAGACCUGAGAUCUUCAGAAAGACUGUCUGAAAAGGCCAACACAAGCUUAGGAGACGAGUCCAUCGACACCGCAGCAGCAAAAGAGGUAUAAUGAUAACUGAUAUUGGAUGUUGACAAUCCCAUUUCUGUGUUUGCUCUUCAUGAAGAUUCCAACAGCAUUAACCAACCCUAAAUUGUUAAACUUUUCUCUUGUCUUAAUAGAUGGUCCAAGAUGCCCUGACUAGUAGACCUGGUGGGCAAGACGUAUUAGAAGAGUACCAGACAACCAAAACAUUGGACCACAGAACCAGGAGAGAGAUGAUUGCCAUUUUAGUCAGCCACAUGAAAGAGAUGCAUGGGUAAACGUCUCAUUAGCCAAUCUGGCCACAAACAAUGGAUCAAAACAAUCAAACUAUACAUUAAUGUUAUUUGGCAUCAUUAUGAGACUGUAGAAAAAUACAGUACCUUCAUUAACAAAAAUUUGGUUAAACAGAGAGAACUUUAUGCUCUUGGAAUUGUGACCCUCUUUCCUUCAUUGAGAGAUCCUUUUUUCGCCAAAGUCUAUGUAAGUGCUGGUAGAGCAUGCUCGCUUUAAUAUUUUGACACUUGUUCUGUUGACUGAAAGGGGCAUCAAACAGUCAUAGAAUCAAGUCAAAAAAUAAUAACCUUUUGACUACCAUGUUGGUCACCUUUUCCCACAUCUAAGGAACACUUCUAUGAUCCUGACACGGGCAAAGGAUAUCUGAAUUAUCGCCUGAAGACGGUAUCAGGGAAGACCUCACUUCGACCCAUCAAGAAGAGUAUUUCACCCUAGUCGGAAGGCCCAACCCAUAGGAGGAAGACUGACCUGGACCACCAGCUUGGUGGUGAUGCUUGCAAGGAGGCCAUAUUAUUCCUUGUCCACUCGGCCGAUGAAAAACAAAUCUAUCAGAAGAUGAAGGAGGUGUUCCAGUAUCGCCAGGAGCAAGUUUAUAGUCCAGACAGUGGCACAGAUGUCCUUACAGUUUUCCCCAGGUUUCUGGACAUCAAAGGAUUGGUGAGAAAUGUAGUAUGUCUUGGAAUCUACAGGCUAUUUGUCUGAUUGAGAACAUGAUUGUGUGUUGGUCAUGAAGUUGAGUUUGUUUUAGGUGAAUAGGGACUUUUUGCUGAUGUUCGACGAUGAAACAUCCUCUAAGCUCCUUGAAAAGUGGGACAAUGUAUUGAAGCCUAAAGUCAUCAAAAUGGCAAAAUCCCGGACUACGACCACCGAUUUGCAUCGCCUCCUGAAGUCUGCAGAAAAACUGCCAGAGAAUGACAGCGAAACCAGUAAGUGGAUUCUCUCAUAGGUAGUGCAAUGUUUCAAACUCAGCUGUAUUGUUUUAUGUGAUUUGGGGUAUUUGCCUUUUCUUGCCCUCAGACUGGGACAUUGAUAUGUCCUCCCUGCUGCUGCUGCUAUAUCUCUUCCCACCACCAGCAUGAGGGAAGAGGACCAAGAUCAGUGCCAGUGAUGCUGUGGGCAGACCAGUGCACUUUCAUAAGGUAAGAUGAUACAGUAAUUGUUGUGUCAUUUAUUUUUUGGGUUGUCUCUUCAUUGUGACUUAAAAAUACACUUUGUGUGUUGCAGUCAUGCUGCAACAUUGAAGACCAUCUUGAUGGGAGCCAUGGUCGACAGCCAUAUCUCCUUGCCGUCAGAAGAAGACAGAGCAAGAUUGACAACUACUGAAGCUAAUUGUAGAUCUUUUUUUUUCAAUUGAUAAGUAAAAUUAACAGCCAUACAGAAAGACUCAUGUGCAGGUGAAAUUACAGAGGAUGAACUUUUGGAUGCAAUUAAAGACUUUAAGUCUGGGAAAACUCCAGGGUUGGAUGGCAUACCAGUUGAGGUAUACCAAACCUUUUUUGAUAUACUCAGAGGACCGUUAUUAGCAUGUUUAACCACUCCUAUGUAAAUGGUAGAUUAUCAGACACUCAAGAAGGUCUGAUUUCAUUAUUACUGAAACAGGAUACAAGUGGAAAAUAUAAAGAUCCAGUCCAUUAAAAAAAUUGGUGUAGUUAGGGGCUGUCCAUUUGCAAUAUGACAUUUCUCAUCGAUCAUACAGCAAAUGCCGUCUGAGACCCUUAUGUAGGUAACAACACAUCUGCCACGUUGAUCCUCAACACGGGGGUCCCUCAGGGGUGCGUGCUCAGUCCCCUCAUGUACUCCUUGUUCACCCAUGACUGCAUGGCCAAGCACGACUCCAACACCAUCAUUAAGUUUGCCGACAACACAACAGUGGUAGGCCUGAUCACCGACAACGAUGAGACAGCCUAUAUGGAGGAAGUCAGAGACCUGGCCGUGUAGUGUCAGGAUAGCAACCUCUCCCUCAAUGUGAUCAAGACAAAGGAGAUGAUUGUGGACUACAGGAAAAAAAAGAGGACUGAGCACGCCCCCAUUCUCAUCGACGGGGCUGUAGUGGAACAGGUUGAGAGCUUCAAGUUCCUUGGUGUCCACAUCCCCAACAAACUAUCAUGGUCCAAACACACCAAGACAGUCGUGAAGAGGGCACAACAAAGCCUAUUCCCCCUCAGGAGACUGAAAUUAUUAGGCAUGGGUCCUCAGAUCCUCAAAAAGUUAUACAGCUGCACCAUCGAGAGCAUACUGACUGGUUGCAUCACCGCCUGGUAUGGCAACUGCUCAGCCUCCGACCGCAAGGCACUACAGAGGGUAGUGCGUACGGCCCAGUACAUCACUGGGGCCAAACUUCCUGCCAUCCAGGACCUCUAUACCAGGCGGUGUCAGAGGAAGGCCCUAAAAAUGGUCAAAGACUCCAGCCAGCCUAGUAAUAGACUGUUCUCUCUGCUAUCGCAUGGCAAGCGGUACCGGAGCAUCAAGUCCAAAAGGCUUCUUAACAGCUUCUACCCCCAAGCCAUAAGACUCAUGAACAGCUAAUCAUGGCUACCCGGACUAGUUGCAUUGCCCCCCCCCCCCCCCCCCCCCCCUUAUUUUAUGCUGCUGCUACUGUUUAUUAUAUAUGCAUAGUCACUUUAACUCUACCCACAUGUACAUAUUGCCUCAAUUACCUUGACUAACCAGUGCCCCAGCACAUUGACUCUGUACUGGUUCCCCCUGUAUAUAGACUCCCUAUUGUUAUUUUAUUUUACUGCUGCUCUUGAAUUAUUUGCUAUUUUUAUUAUUUACUUGUCUAUUUUUUACUUAACACUUAUUUUUCUUAAAACUGCAUUGUUGGUUAAGGGCUUCUAAGUAAGCAUUUCACUGUAAGGUCUACACCUGUUGUAUUCGGCGCAUAUGGCAAAUAAAAUUUGAUGUCUCCCUCCCUGUUCGCACUGUCUGACCACAAGAUCCUUAAUUUCUCUCUUAUCUCAUACUCACCCCACAACACAGACAAAUGCCUCAUCUCCUUCCGCAACAUCAAUGCUGUUGACCCCCUCCAACUCUCUGAUGCCAUCUGCUCUGUCAUGCCCCUUGACCACGUCCCCAACUCCCUUAGGUUGUAAGAUGGAGCCGACAGACAUGGCAGCUCUGCUAGCGCCUAAUAAACUUUGCAGUUUUUUGUUUUUGUGUGUGUUAUUUCUUACAUUAUUAGCCCAGAACGUUUUUUAUGUUAUUACAUACAGCCGGAAAUAACUUUUGGAUCUCAGAAAGGCGGUAACUCACCAUUAUUAUGACCAGGAAUACGACUUUCCCAAAUUGGAUCCUUUCUUCGUACCCAUCCAGGGCAAUUCAAUUCCAUACAACACUCCUUCACUAGCCUCCAACUGCUCUUAAACACUAGUAAAACUAAAUGCAUGCUCUUCAACCGAACGCUGCUUGCACCCGCCCACCCGACUAGAAUCACUACUCUCGACGGGUCUGACCUAGAGUAUGUGGACAACUACAAAUAUCUAGGUGUCUGGUUAGACUGUAAACUCUCCUUCCAGACUCACAUUAAGAAUCUCCAAUCCAAAGUUAAAUCUAGAAUCGGUUUCCUAUUUCGCAACAAAGCCUCCUUCACUCAUGCUGCCAAACAUGCCCUCGUAAAACUGACUAUCCUACCGAUCCUUGACUUCGGCGAUGUCAUUUACAAAAUAGCCUCCAACACUCUACUCAGCAAAUUGGAUGUAGUCUAUCACAGUGCCAUCCGUUUUGUCUCCAAAGCCCCAUAUAAUACCCACCACUGUGACCUGUACGCUCUUGUUGGCUGGUCCUCACUACAUAUUCGUCGCCAAACCCACUGGCUCCAGGCCAUCUAUAAAUCACUGCUAGGCAAAUCCCCGCCUUAUCUUAGCUCAUUGGUCACCAUAGCAACACCCACCCGUAGUCUGCGCUCCAGCGGGUAUACAGUGGGGAAAAAAAGUAUUUAGUCAGCCACCAGAUGUGCAAGUUCUACCACUUAAAAAGAUGAGAGAGGCCUGUAAUUUUCAUCAUAGGUACACGUCAACUAUGACAGACAAAAUGAGAAAAUAUAUUCCAGAAAAUCACAUUGUAGGAUUUUUAAUGAAUUUAUUUGCAAAUUAUGGUGGAAAAUAAGUAUUUGGUUAAUAACAAAAAGGUUUCUCAAUACUUUGUUAUAUACCCUUUGUUGGCAAUGACACAGGUCAAACGUUUUCUGUAAGUCUUCACAAGGUUUUCACACACUGUUGCUGGUAUUUUGGCCCAUUCCUCCAUGCAGAUCUCCUCUAGAGCAGUGAUGUUUUGGGGCUGUCGCUGGGCAACACGGAUUUUCAACUCCCUCCAAAGAUUUUCUAUGGGGUUGAGAUCUGGAGACUGGCUAGGUCACUCCAGGACCUUCUUACGAAGCCACUCCUUUGUUGCCCGGGCGGUGUGUUUGGGAUCAUUGUCAUGCUGAAAGACCCAGCCACGUUUCAUCUUCAAUGCCCUUGCUGAUGGAAGGAGGUUUUCACUCAAAAUCUCACGAUACAUGGCCCCAUUCAUUCUUUCCUUUACACGGAUCAGUCGUCCUGGUCCCUUUGCAGAAAAACAGCCACAAAGCAUGAUGUUUCCACCCCCAUGCUUCACAGUAGAUAUGGUGUUCUUUGGAUGCAACUCAGCAUUCUUUGUACUCCAAACACGACGAGUUGAGUUUUUACCAAAAAGUUAUAUUUUGGUUUCAUCUGACCAUAUGACAUUCUCCCAAUCCUCUUCUGGAUCAUCCAAAUGCACUCUAGCAAACUUCAGACGGGCCUGGACAUGUACUGGCUUAAGCAGGGGGACACAGCAGGAUUUGAGUCCCUGGCGGCGUAGUGUGUUACUGAUGGUAGGCUUUGUUACUUUGGUCCCAGCUCUCUGCAGGUCAUUCACUAGGUCCCCCCGUGUGGUUCUGGGAUUUUUGCUCACCGUUCUUGUGAUCAUUUUGACCCCACGGGGUGAGAUCUUGCGUGGAGCCCCAGAUCGAGGGAGAUUAUCAGUGGUGUUGUAUGUCUUCCAUUUCCUAAUAAUUGCUCCCACAGUUGAUUUCUUCAAACCAAGCUGCUUACCUAUUGCAGAUUCAGUCUUCCCAGCCUGGUGCAGGUCUACAAUUUUGUUUCUGGUGUCCUUUGACAGCUCUUUGGUCUUGGGCAUAGUGGAGUUUGGAGUGUGACUGUUUGAGGUUGUGGACAGGUGUAUUUUAUACUGAUAACAAGUUCAAACAGGUGCCAUUAAUACAGGAAACGAGGGGAGGACAGAGGAGCCUCUUAAAGAAGAAGUUACAGGUCUGUGAGAGCCAGAAAUCUUGCUUGUUUGUAGGUGACCAUAUUCUUAUUUUCCACCAUAAUUUGCAAAUAAAUUCAUUAAAAAUCCUACAAUGUGAUUUUCUGGAUUUUUCUUUCUCAAUUUGUCUGUCAUAGUUGACGUGUACCUAUGAUGAAAAUUACAGGCAUCUCUCAUCUUUUUAAGUGGGAGAACUUGCACAAUUGGUGGCUGACUAAAUACUUUUUUUCCCCACUGUAUCUCACUGGUCAUCCUUCAAAGCCAACACCUCCUUUGGCCGCAAUUCCUUCCAGUUCUCUGCUGCCAAUGACUGGAACAAAUUGCAAAAAUCUCUGAAGCUGGAGACACUUAUCUCCCUCACUAACUUUAAGCAUCAGUUGUCAGAGCACCUUACCGAUCACUGCACCUGUACACAGCCCAUCUGAAAUUAGCCCGCCCAACUACCUCAUCCCUAUAUUGUUAUCUAUUUUGCUCAUUUGUACCCCAGUAUCUCUAUUUGCACAUCAUCUCUUGCACAUCUAUCAUUCCAGUGUUAAUACUAAUUGUAAUUAUUUUGCACUAUAGCCUAUUUUAUUGCCUACCUCCAUAACUUGCUAAAUUUGCACACUGUAUAUUAUAUGUAUUUCUGUUGUAUUUUUGACUUUGUUUUGUUUUACCCCAUAUGUAACUCUGUGUUUGUUUUUAUCGCACUGCUAUGCUUUAUAUUGGCCAGGUCGCAGUUGUAAAUGAGAACUUGUUCUCAACUGGUUUACCUGGUUAAAUAAAGGUGAAAUAAAAAUAAAAAGAAAUAAAAAAUUGAACUUAUCCCAGAGGCUGCUCCAAGUCGCAGCCGGCGGAGAAGAGGUAUUUGGAGUGGACUUCUGUCACGCCCUGACUGUAAUGCACAUCACCAGUGCGGUCCGGCCCGUGCCUGCUCCUAGAACCAGACCAGUGGUGCGUUUGUCAAGUCCGGCACGGCCCGUGCCCGUUCCACCGGUCAGCUGCUCCAGUGCCGGUCAGCUGUUCCACUCCGGAGCCAGAGCAGUCCGCUCCACCGGUGCCUGAUCCAGCUCCGGUCAGCUUCUCCACUCCGGAGCCAGAGCAGUCCGCUCCACCGGUGCCUGAUCCAGCUCCGGUCAGCUGCGCCACUCCGGAGCCAGAGCAGUCCGCUCCACCGGGGUGAAGUCCAGUCCAGCUCUGGGAACUGUCACGCCCUGACUCAGGGGACGCUUACAUUUUGAGUCAGGGUGUGUAUACUCUUUGUUGUGUGUUUUCUAUGUUUCGAUCUAUUAUGUGUAGAUCUAUGUUGGCCGGUGUGGUUCCCAAUCAGAAGCAGCUGUAGCUUGUUGUCUCUGAUUGGGGAUCAUACUUAGGCAGCCUAUUGGCACUAGUGGGGCAAGCUCCGUGUUAUGCGGAGCUACGUAUUGUGUCACCAGUGCGCCGGCACAGUCCUGUACGUCCUGUGCUUGCAACACGCACGUGACGUGCGAAGAUGGGCAUCCAGCCAGGACGGGGUGUGCCGGCUCAACGCUCCUGAUCUCCAGUACACCUCCUUGGUCCCGCAUAUCCUGCGCCAGUUCUACGAACUGUAUCGCCAGUGCGCGUGCACAGCCCAGUGCGUCCUGUGCCAGCACCCCGCACGUGUAGUGCGAAAGUGGGCAGCCAGCCAGGACGGGUUGUGCCAGCUCAACGCUCUAGACCUCCAGUCCUCCUCCACAGUCCAGCCUGGCCUGUUCCUGCUCCUCGCACCAAGCCAGUGGUGCGCGUCGCCAGCCCGGCCCGGCCUGUUCCUGCUCCUCGCACCAAGCCAGUGGUGCGCGUCGCCAGCCCAGCCCGGCCUGUGCCUGCUCCUCGCACCAAGCCAGUGGUGCGCGUCGCCAGCCCGGCCCGGCCUGUUCCUGCUCCUCGCACCAAGCCAGGGGUGCGCGUCGCCAGCCCGGCCCGGCCUGUGCCUGCUCCUCGCACCAAAGCCAGUGGUGUGCGUCGCCAGCCCGGCCCGGCCUGUUCCUGCUCCUCGCACCAAGCCAGUGGUGCGCGUCGCCAGCCCGGCCCGGCCUGUUCCUGCUCCUCGCACCAAGCCAGUGGUGCGCGUCGCCAGCCCGGCCCGGCCUGUUCCUGCUCCUCGCACCAAGCCAGUGGUGUGCGUCGCCAGUCCAGCCCGGCCUGUUCCUGCUCCUCUCACCAAGCCAGUGGUGCGCGUCGCCAGCCCGGCCCGGCCUGUUCCUGCUCCUCGCACCAAGCCAGUGGUGCGCGUCGCCAGCCCGGCCCGGCCUGUUCCUGCUCCUCGCAACAAGCCAGUAAUGCGCAUCACCAGUGCGGUCCGGCCCGUGCCUGCUCCUAGCACCAGACCAGUGGUGCGUUUGUCAUGUCCGGCACGGCCCGUGCCCGUUCCACCGGUCAGCUGCUCCAGUGCCGGUCAGCUGUUCCACUCCGGAGCCAGAGCAGUCCGCUCCACCGGUGCCUGAUCUAGCUCCGGUCAGCUGCUCCACUCCGGAGCCAGAGCAGUCCGCUCCACCGGUGCCUGAUCCAGCUCCGGUCAGCUGCGCCACUCCGGAGCCAGAGCAGUCCGCUCCACCGGGGUGCAGUCCAGUCCAGCUCCGGGAACUGUCACGCCCUGACUCAGGGGACGCUUACAUUUUGAGUCAGGGUGUGUAUACUCUUUGUUGUGUGUUUUCUAUGUUUCGAUCUAUUAUGUGUAGAUCUAUGUUGGCCGGUGUGGUUCCCAAUCAGAGGCAGCUGUAGCUCGUUGUCUUUGUUUGGGGAUCAUACUUAGGCAGCCUAUUGGCACUAGUGGGUUGUGGGAUCUUGUUCCGUGUAAGGUUUGUUGUGUGUUACCUUAGGACUUCACAUGUCGUUGGUUUAUUGUUUUGUUGUGUGUUUAUUCAGUUUAAUAAACAUGUACGCAUUUCACGCUGCGCCUUGGUCUGACCCGUCAUUCAACGAACGUGACAACUUCUAGACCGACUCAGGAGGCGGACACACCAUCAACCGCUUCCGAGUAUAUUACUCGCUAAUGUUCAGUCUCUGGACAAUAAAGUAGAUGAGCUAAGCGCGAUGAUCUCCUUCCAGAGAGACAUCAGGGACUGUAACAUACACUGUUUCAUGGAAUCAUGGCUCUCUCAGUAUAUACUGUCCACAUCCAUACAGCCAGCUGGGUUCUCAGUUCUUCGCUCAGACAGCAAUAAAGAACUCUCUGGGAAGAAGAAAGGCGGGUGUGUAUGAUUCAUGAUUAACUACUCAUGGUGUGAUUGUGAUAACAUACAGGAACUCACGUCCUUUUGUUCACUCGACCUAGAAUAGCUCACAUUCAAUUGCCAACCGUAUUACCUCCCAAGAGAAUUCUCUUCGGUUAUAGUCACAGCCAUGUAUAUUCCCCCUCAAGCCGAUACCAUGACGGUCCUCAAGGAACUACACUGGACUUUAUUUAACUGGAAACCACAUAUCCUGAUGCCGCAUUUAUUGUAGCUGGGAGGUUCUAUCAACACAUUGACUGUAGUACUCGCUUAGGGAAAACACUAGAUCACUGCUACUCGCCUUUUCGAGAUGCCUACAAGGCCCUCCCCCACCCUCCCUUUGGCAAAUCAGAUCACAACUCCAUUUUGCUACACCCUUCCAAUAGGCAGAAACUAAAACAGGAAGUACCCGUGCUAAGGUGUAUUCAACGCUGGUCUGACCAAUUGGAAUCCAUGCCUCAAGAUUGUUUUGAUCACGUGGACUGGGAUAUGUUCCAGGUAACAUUGACGCUUACAGGGACACGGUGACUGAGUUCAUCAGGAAGUGUAUAGGGGAUUUUGUUCCCACGGUGACUAUUGAAACCUAUCCAAACCAGAAACUGUGGAUAGAUGGCAGCAUUCGUGCAAAACUGAAAGCACGAACCACCACAUUUAACCAUGGCAAGGUGACUGGGAAUAUGGUCAAAUACAAACAGUGUAGUUAUUCCCUCCAUAAGGCAAUCAAACAGGCAAAACAUCAGUACAGAGACAAAGUGGGGUCGUAAUUCAAUGGCUCAGACACGAGACAUAUGUGGCAGGGUCGACUGACAAUCACGGAUUACAAAGGGAAAACCAGCCAGGACACCGAAGUCUUGCUCCGGACAAGCAAAACACCUUCUUCGCCUGCUUUGAGGAUAACACAGUGCCACUGACAAGGCCCGCUCCCGAGGACAGUGGGCUCUCAUUCUCCGUGGCCGACGUGAGUAAGACAUUUAAAUCGUGUUAACCAUCGCAAGGCUGCCGGCCCAGACGGCAUCCCUAGCCGCAUCCUCAGAGCAUGCACAGACCAGCUGGCUAGCGUGUUUACGGACAUACUCAAUUUCUCCCUGUCCCAGUCUGCUGUUCCCUUCAAGAUGGCCACAAUUGUUCCUGUACCCAAGAAAGCAAAGGUAACUGGACUAAAUGAUUAUCGCACCGUAGCACUCACCUCUGUCAUCAUAAAGUGCUUUGAGAGGCUAGUUAAGGAUCAUAUCACCUCUACCUUACCUGACACCCUAGACCCACUUUAAUGUGCUUACCGCCCCAAUAGAUCCACAGACGAUGCAAUCGCCAUCGCACUGCACACUGCCCUAUCCCAGCUGGUCAAGAGGAAUACCUAUGUCAGAAAGCUGUUCAUUAACUAUAGCUCAGCCUUCAACACCAUAGUACCCUCCAAGCUCAUCAUUAAGCUCGGGGCCCUGGGUCUGAACCCCGCCCUGUGCAACUGGGUCCUGGACUUCCUGAUGGGCCACCCCCAGGUGGUGAAGGUAGGAAACAACACCUCCACUUCGCUGAUCCUCAACCCAGUGUCGUGACGCAACUUUCAUUAUUGUGAUGACUAUUAUUUAUUGAAUAAUUACCUACUAUGUUUAGUUGUUACUAUAUUAAAUGGAUAAUGUAACAAUUAAGUCAUUAGGAAUUUGGGGCACCACGGGAAAAGUUGUUUAACGAGUUAUUGUUUCCCGAAUGAACUCUAAAGAUAUCUAGAUAUCUCUUAUUUAACAGUCAUUUAUUAAUAAUUUACAUUAGAUCAGUCUCAUUCUGAAAGUCGUAGACUCUUUAAGUCUGCAUGAACCCGGGUCUUACUGAUCACACAAAUAGAUGUAAUUAUUUAUUCAUUAGCUAAAUAAAAAUGAUAUCACAAGAUACAAACACGUACACGGUAUAGGUAGGGAUUAGAAACUUAAUACAAUGACAACGGGUCCCUAGCGGACUAACACAAUAUAACACUUGUUACAAAAGAUGGAGAGUUAAAGAGAGAGAGAGAGAAAACACUUGGAUACACAUGGACCUACGCUCACAGUAAUCCUAAUACUUUGCCCCGAACUGACACCCAUUUGGGAAGAAAAGCAAUGUGUUGGAGGUCUUCGUCGUGUAUCUCUGUUGGACUCUAUUGGACCUACUCUUUCGGAUGGCCUUUUAGAUGUAAGGUUCAGAUUGUCCACAAGAGGUCACAAUGUCUUUCUUCUUAGUUGUCUGUUUACUUUCACUCGUUCUGGAAGUUGUCUUCUGAGGACGGCUAAUCAGCCGUGUCAAUGAUCCCCUGUGGGGUGAUGAGAGCAGUGUAGUAGACGAUGGCUUCAAGAGAGUAACAGGAUGGUCCCACUUAAAUUCACCUUCUUAGAUACAGUACUUAGAACAGCUACUCAGACGUAACACUGAUUGUUAGUGGAGGCAACUUUGUCGUGUUCACCUCGUGUUGAUUUUCAGGGUCAGGACCAACAUGGACAAAAGCUGCAGCUUGAGGUCCGUUUAGUCUGAUCUGAUAAUUCUUAUCUCAAUCUUUAAUGCAUUCUGGUAAAGAGGGUUGUUUCCGUCAUACUCUCUGAACUCCCUCGGGCGUGGCUAGUUACGAGGCAAAAGUAUUAUCAACGCUAUGAUUUUGUUAGAAAGCUAAAAUUAUAUUCCUAUCAUCACGAAAACAUUGUCUUCCUCCUUUAUAUUUUCUACACAACAUACAGGAUGUAAACAUGAUAUACACAGUGUAAAAGCUCUUAAAGUCACAAUGUUUUCAUUGUAAUGCCUUUAUACCAUUUUUAAUGACAUCACAAAAUAGACAUUCAUUUUUCAUAUUCCAUUUCUCAUCAUUCCCAACGUUUGAAUGUUGAAAUAUAUUGUCCCAAUGUUCAUUGUUGGAAGUUGAAGUUUUUGUGCGGAAAAAAAAGUAUCUGAAACAAAGCAUUCCUUUCACCAUACUAGAAUUCCAGAGAUUGAUUCUCCUCCUCUCUAAUUUAUGGGAGUAUUAAGGUGUCAAGACCGGAACAGCCCACCUGUGGGUAAGAGGGUCUGGUUGUUGUCGGCCAUUUGCCAAGCUGAUGUGAGGCCUUUGAUCCUCACCCAGGGAGAGUCAUGACAACAGGUGCCCCACAAUGGUGCGUGCUCAGCCCCCUCCUGUACUCCCUGUUCAACGAUGACUACGUGCCACGCACGCCUCCAACUCAAUCAUCAAGUUUGAAGACAACACAACAGUAGUAGGCCUGAUUACCAACAAUGGCGAGACAGCCUACAGGGAGGUGGUGAGGGCCCUGGUGGAGUGGGGCCAGGAAAAUGACCUCUCUCUCAACGUCAACAAAACGGCAGAGGGAGCAUGCCCCAAUCCACAUCGACAGGACCGCAGUGGAAAAGGUGGAAAGCUUCAAGUUCCUCGGCGUACACAUCACUGACAAUCUGAAAUGGUCCAUCCACACAGACAGUGUGGUGAAGAAGGCGCAACAACACCUCUUCAACCUAAGGAGGCUGAAGUAAUUUGGCCCCUAAGACCCUCAGAAACUAUUACAGAUGCACGAUUGAAAGCAUCCUGUUGGGCUGUAUCACCACCUGGUACGGCAACCGCAGGGCUCUCCAGAGGGUGGUACGGUCUGCCCAACGGAUCAACGGAGGCACACUGUCCUACCCUCCAGGACACCUACAGCACCCGAUGUCACAGGAAGGCCAAAAAGAUCAUCAAGGACAUCAACCACCCGAGCCACGGCCUGAUUGCCCCGCUAUCAUCCAGAAGGCGAGGUCAGUACAGGUGCAUCAAAGCUAGGACCGAGAGACUGAAAAACAGCUUCUAUCUCAAGGCCAUCAGACUGUUAAAUAGCCAUCACUAGCCCGCUACCACCCGACUACUCAACCCUGCACCUUAGAGGCUACUGCCCUAUAUAUAUACACAUGGAAUCACUUGCCACUUUAAUAAUGGAAAACUAGUCACUUUAAUAAUGUUUACAUACUGCUUUACUCAUUUCAUAUGUAUAUACUGUAUUCUAUUCUACUGUAUUUAGUCAAUGCUACUCCGACAUUGCUCGUCCUAUUAUUUACAUAGUUCUUAAUUCCAUUAUUUUACUUUUAGAUAUGUGUACACAGUAUGAAAGUGUAUGCACUCACUAACUGUAAGUCACUCUGGAUAAGAGCGUCUGCUAAAUGACUAAAAUGUAAAAUGUAAAUGAUGUAUUGUUGUGAAUUGUUAGACACCUCUGCACUGUUGGAGCAAGGAACACAAGCAUUUCGCUACACCCACAAUGACAUCUGCUAAAUAUGUGUAUGUGACCAAUACAAUUGGAUUUGAUGAACUAGAUGCCCAAUUCAAUACUGCUCUAUCUGUCUCCCUCAACUCGCAGGCCCCUCUCCAACCUAAACCUGUCUCCUUCUCCUCCUCCUCCCCCUGAUUUACCCCUGAGCUCCGCACCCUGAAGCAAGCUGGCCGCCACCUGGAGCACCUGAGCAGGAAGUCUGGGCUCAAUGUCCACACUGAGGCCUACAAACACCACCUCUCCACCUAUAGAAAUGUCCUCAGUGCUGCAAGGUCCACCUACUUCUCCAACAUCAUCAACAGCUCCAAUAAGAACUCCCGGACUCUGUUCUCCACUGUCAGCAAAUUACUUCAGCUCUGUGACGGCACCUUCUCUAUUCCCUCCAGUGAACUCUGCAACUCCUUCCUUCAGUUUUUCAGGGACAACAUCACCAAAAUAAACUCAUCAUUGACUGAUCAAUCUCCCUCAGCUGCCCCUCUCCCUGUCAACCUCCCAACCUUCACACCUGAUACCCGGCUCUCCGAAUUUGCCCCCAUUGACUCUCACUAUAUCUCAAAACUCAUCAUGUCAUCUAAGACUACAACUUGCUCCCUGGAUCCUCUCCCCACUGUUCUCAUCAAAGCUUGCCUACCUGCUCUCUGUCCAUAUAUCACACAUAUCGUCAACUUCUGCCUCGCCCACCAAACUGUCCCCUCAAACUACAAAACAGCUGCAGUCACCCACAUCUUAAAAAAGCCAGGACUGGAUACCCCCAUCCUCAAUAACUUACGCCCCAUUUCCAACCUCCGCUUCCUUGCCAAGACUGGUACUGUUGCCCCCCAAUUACAAAAAUGCACUCCUAAAAGUUAUCAAUGACCUCCUCACCUCUGCUGAUGCUGUGCCCUCAACAUUCUGAUUCUCCUGGACCUGAGUGCCGCUUUUGACACAGUGAGCCAUCAGAUCCUCCUCACCAGUGUUGUAUUCUAGCUUGAAAUAUACUUAUUUAUUUUACAAAUGAUUAAUGAGUGGAGGGAGGACAGUGGACGCCCGGUGAACAGAAGUUAUCAUGUUUUGUCUGUAAUUAAACAUUUGUGUUGCGGAUUAAGAUUUAUCACAGUGAAUACUAAUGAAAUGUACAUUUUCUCUUCCAGGAGAGGAUGGGGUGUCCCUAUCUCUCUCUUUGAAAUGUUUCCUGAGGCUGUUGUCUUGGGAGAGCAGUUAGUGAAAUUCUGCAGUUUUAUAAAGUAUAAAGGUACCCGGAUCCGGCCGUAAAGGAAGCUCCCAAUUAAGUAAGGCCUAGCCAUUUGUUUGUUUUUGCCCUCUGUUUUACCACACACACCAGCACACGCACAAACAACCCACCGGCUAUGAAUAUUUGCUAGUGGUGUUAAUACAGUGUCUGUUUUAAUUGUGUGGGGUCUUUUAAUUUGUUUUUAGUAGGUUCUUCACAGGUUAGAAAGGAUGCACCUUAAAGGGCACACAAAUGAAAUUUUCUGAAGUAUCUAAUGUGAACCAAAAACCAUGUACGGGCGGCAUGAGUGCGGCAUGAAUCCUGAGACCGUGCAUGUGGAGUGAGCAUGGAGAGAGAUCACGUCCAAACUCCUCUCAUGCUGCUGGUGCACUGGUCGGUAAAUCGACAAGACAGAAUGGGCCAUACAGAAUGGUGGUGGAGGCUCAGGUGAGAGAUUUGUUUGCUUGGGAAAAUCUGAUUAUUCCCCAGAUAUUGAAAAUCGGGACAUUAUCUAGGGCCAUCAACUUUGACAGGCAUGAGUUACAUGUGUGCCAUUGGAAAGAUGAACUGUAACGCUAUCUGAAGAAGAAAAUGAAGAGACACCAGAAUAAUGAGUGCCAGGAAGGAGGGGGGUGGUCAACUGUGCCCGUAAUUGAUUUAGGGUUGCCCUUAACUGUUUAUUUGGGGUAUCUGGUUGAUUGUGGGGGUCUGCACACUGGGAAAUUUAAAGUAAUUUAGACAAAUGCAUUGACCUACUGCUCUGUCAUUAAGAUGCCACUCGCGACAGUGUAAGACAGGGAUAAACGGUGGCCGUGAUGAGAAUAGUUCAUGCUGGUAAAAUAAGUAGUACAUACUGUAUAUAUAUUUCCCCAUCUGUAAAUGUACAUUCUGCCAGUUUCAGUGUGUGCUAAGUUGAGGGUCUUGAAUUCGAGUGAUAGACUCAACGUGAAGCACUAAGGACUGUAAUUCUAAAUUUGUGAUGGAUAAUUAAUCAAUAGUUCUAAUUAUGAUUUGGAAAGGAGAGAAGGCGAGAGAGAGCACUGCCCUUAAGCUGUGAGGAAAGUGGUUUCUGAAACAAAUUAAAUAUUUCUAAGAGUCAAUUGAGUCUAGGGAGGGUUUCCUCCCAGGAAACCUUAUCUUUUCAUGUCCUCCGAGAGAGAGGUUAUCAGAGAACCCACUAGAUGGUAACUUGGGCUAA